GGCAGGUUCAGACCUUCUCAUCAAGCAUCACGCAUCCGACGGUCCAGAUCUUCCCACGUGGCAUUGGAACAAGGAAGAUGCGGUGAGAUAUACCGCCACGUAAGUAGAGGCACAGGGAGGGCAUCCCUCCGUCGCCGGCAUCCGCGCCGAGCAGGUGAUCGGUGCGAAUAUCCUUUUGAGAAUUCUCUUCUCCCCCGUUUUCAUCUUUCCUUCAACGCCAUUUCUUUUCUCGCUUUUAACUCUGUGGGCGAAGAAGAAGUGAAAAGCGGAGAAGACCGAGAGAGAGCAGGUGACUGCGGGGUUGGUAUAAAUGUGGACAUCGUGAGAGGGUUCUGGGGGUUAGAGAGCGAACAAGGGAGAGGGCGAGAAAAAGGGCCCUUGAUCGGCUACGGAGGGAAGAGGGAGAUGAGGAAGGUGACGGACGCACUGGACGAGAGGGCGAAGGCCAGGCUGUGGGGUGCAGCAGACCGGUGGCUUGCCGGGUACGCCAGCAGCGGCAGCGAGCACGAGGCCGAUUCCGUCUGCCUCGCCGGCCUCAUCCACGGCUUCAUGGAGGACGACGACGACGGCGGCUGCGAGAGGGAGGCGGGAGAUGGAUCCGACUUGACGUCCGAGCAGGAUCAAUCCGACAGCGAGGCGACGGAGGAGCUCGAAGAGCUCGUUAGGUCCAAUGACGAAAAAGACCCUGUCAGGGAGGCGAUCCACGGCUUGGUUUCGGAGGCGAUCGACGCGGUCGCGGGGUCGAGGCAGGCCGUCCGACGGGCGGUGAUGACUCGGCUGAGGGAAGCCGGGUUCAAUGCCGGGGUCUGCAAGGUGAAAUGGGAGAAGGCCGGCAAGGUCGCCGGAGGGAGCUACGAGUACAUGGACGUCGUGUUGACGGAGGACGAUCGACGGUACGUCGUGGAGCUGGACUUUGCCGGGGAGUUCGAGAUCGCGCGGCCGACGCUGCGGUACGCCAGGAUCCUAGCGACGCUGCCUCGGGUGCUGGUCUGCCGGCCGGACAAGCUCCGCCGGGUCGUGCGCAUCGUGGCCCACGCAGCCAAGAGGUCGAUGAAGGCGAGGGGGCUCCACCUCCCGCCCUGGCGCAAGAACGGCUACAUGCAGGCCAAGUGGUUCGGUCCCUACCGCCGCACCACCAACUCCGUCCCGGCCUCCUCCAUGGGAUGCGGCAGAUUUGCCCCCGACCAACGCCGGGCAGUCGUCGGCUUCAACCCGGGGAAAUGCUGGCCGGUGUCGCCGUUCGAGCGCGAACAACUCCCUACCGCCGCCACCGUGAGGAUCGCCCCUUUCUGAACCAGCAGCGCUAUCUCCACCGUCAGGGAUUGGAGUGGGUCCCGCUUGGGCUCACCCAGUGCAGCAUUACCAGAUAGUGCGGCGAAACGUUGUGUUGACGUUAUCUCUCUCAAGCGUAUUUGCUGACGCCAAUUGAAUUUUUUUUUCCCCCUUCCUCUUCGAGGUUGGUCGUACUCUGACGAGGCAAUUAUCCAGAUGAGUUGGCAUGGAGAGGAAGAAAGAAAGAGAGAGAAUGAAAUAUGAAACGGAGCUCCCUUCGCUUUAGUUGGCAAAGAUUUUGUAAAUAUAGGAUCUUAUUGGAGUUUGAAUCAACUUAUUGCUACUUUAAUGAGAGAAAUCUCCUGCUUGAAUAUAUGGCAGAUUUCUAGCCAAGUGGCGAAGUUGGAAUUGCUAGUAAUCAACUGUGCGCAAGCUUCAAUUCCAUGAUCAUGUCAACGCACAUUAAUAGCUGAUGUCUUCCCAAAGGGAGUGAUCAUCAACUUUGUUGAAG